ACAACCACUGCAGCUCUAACUACAACAACUGCUGCUCAAACGACCACUACAACUCCAGAACCUAUUACGACAACCACUGCAGCUCCUGCUACAACAACUACAACUUCAGCUCCUACGACAACACCAACAACAGCAACUACAACAACUAUAGCUCCUACGACAACUGCAGCUCCUACAACAACUUUAGCGUCCACUUCAACCACAGCAGCUGCCUCUACGACAACCACUACAGCUCUAACUACAACAACUGCUGCUCAAACGACCACUACAACUCCAGAGCCUAUUACGACAACCACUGCAGCUCCUGCUACAACUACAACUUCAGCUCCUACGACAACCACAACAACAGCAACUACAACAACUGUAGCUCCUACAACAACUUUAGCGUCCACUUUAACCACAGCAGCUGCCUCUACGACAACCACUGCAGCUCUAACUACAACAACUGCUGUUCCUACGACCACUGCAACUCCAGAACCUAUUACGACAACCAGUGCAGCUCCUACUACAACAACUGCUGUUCUAACGACCACAGUGACUGCAGCACCUUCUACAACAACUACAACUUCAGCGCCUACGACAACCACAACAGCAACACCUACAACAACUGUAGUUCCCACGACAACUGCAGCUCCUACAACAACUUUAUCAUCUACUUCAACCACAGCAGCUGCCUCUACGACAACCACUGCAGCUCUAACUACAACAACUGCUGCUCAAACGACCACUACAACUCCAGAGCCUAUUACGACAACCACUGCAGCUCCUGCUACAACUACAACUUCAGCUCCUACGACAACCACAACAACAGCAACUACAACAACUCCUAUUACGACAACCACUGCAGCUCCUGCUACAACUACAACUUCAGCUCCUACGACAACCACAACAACAGCAACUACAACAACUGUAGCUCCUACAACAACUUUAGCGUCCACUUCAACCACAGCAGCUGCCUCUACGACAACCACUGCAGCUCUAACUACAACAACUGCUGUUCCUACGACCACUGCAACUCCAGAACCUAUUACGACAACCAGUGCACUUCCUACUACAACAACUGCUGUUCUAACGACCACAGUGACUGCAGCACCUUCUACAACAACUACAACUUCAGCGCCUACGACAACCACAACAGCAACACCUACAACAACUGUAGUUCCCACGACAACUGCAGCUCCUACAACAACUUUAUCAUCUACUUCAACCACAGCAGCUGCCUCUACGACAACCACUGCAGCUCUAACUACA